AUGUCGUCCGUGGCGUCCUCGAUACAGCCCCUUCCAGACCACGUUCGAUCACAGAUCACGUCCACUAUCGAGAUCAGGUCUCUACUUGACGUCGCCGAGCACUUGUUUCGCAACUCCCUUGACGCCAAUGCACGCGUCGUUCGCGUCCAGAUUGAUUUCGAGAAAGGCUACUGUAGUGUGACAGACGACGGAGAUGGCAUUGAAGCCACCGAAUAUCAACCAGGCAGCUUUUUGGCUCAAGAGCAUUGCAAAGCGUUCUUUGACCUGAUCAAUGAUAUCUUUGAAACUUCUGGCUUCGAGAACGAUACCGUGGUGGAAGACGCGAAAUGGGCCGAGCUUCCUCGGGAACGGUUUGCGCGUCACCCAGGUACGAAGCAGCGACAAAGCUCAUCCGAGCGCGUCGAUCGAUGGUCGGCCUUCUAUCUCAGAAUCGACCGUCACGAUGAUCAAGCGGCUUCCGACGCCUUGCAAAAUAAUUUGUCUUUUGAUAAUGGCAGCGAGAUGCAGCAGAUUAUUGCAUUAUUGGGGCUGCUGCUGAAGAGAUCUCUCGGACGAAGAAGACCGACAAUCGUUCAAGAUGUGUCGCAGUCGUUGGCAAGGGAAAGCCCGGACAAGGUCAAAGCGGAGCUUUUUGAUUCAUUCAAGAGGACUAAAAGUGCGUUCCCAACUUCAGACAUAGGUCUGGCCGAUGGGUUGCCGUUCGUGCGUGAUAUGCGACCAAGCAAGACCAACGUGUUCGAGGCUGAUGUUGAACUUCUUCUGGCCGACAUCGAACUAGACGAGGACCUAUUCGUAUGCUCCGCAUCCACAGAUGAUGGCGCAAAGGCAACUUCUCAGUCACCAGGUUUGGAAGGACAGGCUGCUAGCGAUACUGUCUGCUGGACCAACCCGAAGACUGGAAAACUGGUCAGGUACAAUGACAAUAGCUUUGUCGUUGAUACGUUGGGCCAUGAUGUUCAAGUAAGCGAGUCCGAGCACGAGUGCUGUGAUCAUGAGCCCAGGAAGAGCCAUAGGCGGUGGCAACAGCCAGCAAUUGAUCGCAAAGCGCUGGCGCAGAGGUUGAAGAAAUGGCCCUCGCAGACGUUUGCCUCGCGGACGCACAAUGUACUCGAUACAAUUACAUUCGAUGGCGAAGAAGCCCCUCCCCAACUCUUGGCAGACCAACAGUGGGUCGACGAGGACAUGGUCGCGCAGGAUCUUGCCAAGCUCGGGUCUUACGCCAAGUCGACCAGAAAUUCAUCUUAG